GAGGGGCCCUGACUGAGUGGACUAAAGUGAUUGGCUGGUCAUCACUCACACAGAUGUUCCAGCAUACCACCCUCAGUGAUCACAUGCAGGUGUUGGAAGAAACAUGCAAGUACAUGGUGAGCACAUGCAAAAAACAGCUCCUGGGGGAGUUGCUGUCUCAAAACUUUGGCUUCCUGAAGAGCCCUUGGCCCUUUCUGAGAACAGCUGCAGUCAAUUUCAUAGGAUUAACAACUAAGAAGAUAAACAUGAAUAAUAUACAUGAGGAUGAUGUGCAGCUGUUACAGAAUGCUCUUGAAAGUAUGAGGAAUGAUCCUGUGGAAUCUAUCCAGUCUUUGGUCAAUACUACCCUGAAAAAUAUUGACAAAUAUGUUAACGCUGGGCCUAUCCCUACUUCCAGGAUGAGCCGGCUGAGCAUUAACCUCUUCAAAGUCUCUGGCAUGAAAGCCUCAGAAAGAAAGAAGCGACUAUUUAAAACUGUCAGACGGGAAAGAGAUGAUGAUGACAGUCAGAAAAACAAAGUCUGGAAUUGGCUCCAAGGCCCUCUAAAUUCAUUGCGCAGCUGGCACAAUGCGAGGGUGAAAAAUACUCCACUUAUAGUAGGCGAUUUACAUACAACGUCAACAGGGUCACAAGUACCAAAUUCUAAAAGUCCCUCUGAAGAAACUGAGCCUGUCCAAAAAAAAGUUGCUCCUGAGUCACUAUGAACAUUUAGAACUGGGGCUAAAGCCUUUUCCAGUUGUUUAUCUAGAUGUCAGUGCUUCACUCCCACCUUUUGUCCAACUGGAUGGGCUACUUUGGAUUAAGCCCAAGGAGGCAGUUUUGAUUUUGGAAGAUACAGUAUGUUUCUAGUCCUUUAUCUCCCUAGGGGAUUGUUGGCUAUCAGCAUAUAUAUUUGUCAAUAAAACUUC